UGUGAUCUGCUGCUCAUUCUACCGGACGCCGAUGCUCGCAAGUUCCUGAGUGGCGACAAUCGUAUGCUGGAGGUGUUGCUUGUGCUGGCCAACAACGGGAAUAUUCGCAUUCGAACCAUGCUGCUCAACCUGGUGGCCGUUAUUGACGAUCGGAUGGUGGAUGGAGUCAGUGGAAAUACGAGAGGUGGCGGAAGUGGUGGCAAUGGAAGCACUGUAUCUACUGGUGGUGGUGGAAGCGGAUCGAACACGCUUCUGCAAUACAGCGAGGAACAAUCGAAGGUGUUCUGGUACCAUCUGGCAAAUCAGAUCGGUGCGCACAGUGUUAACGAGGAACUGCUUGCGAGUUGCCUACGUUGGAUAACGAAGGCACACAAUCCGCUCCACGUUCUCUUCAAACAGAGUGACGAGUCGGUGGAAGGAGAUCGAUCACAAACGGCAGCAGCAGUAGAGCCAAUCGAGGUGAUACGGGAAAAUGGGUUGAAUGUGCUGAUAGCAAUACUCAUUCAGGCACACGGUGAUCCGCGGUUGUUCCGCUGUGUGUUGCAAGUACUGGAGAACAUUAUUUGCUCAACGAAACGACCGCGCCCGGGAGGACAGUAUUGUGUGGAUAAUGGGCUUGUCUGGGCGCUGGUCAAAACGGCCGUUAAGAUGCAUGAGAAAGAUGACGGUCAAUCGCAGACACAGGAAAGCCGUGCAUUUCUGCUGAGUUUCUUGACGAGCUUCUCGCACUUUAUGCUGCUCAACAAUGUGGCAAACCCUUUUUGGGAUUUACUCAACGGUUUGACGGUGGUGGGUAAGCAUAAGCACGAACGUGUGACGCGUGCUGUGCGCACUAUUCACGCAACGUUGCUACGCAAUGUGCUACAGAUAUUCAUCUUUCGACCCAAACAAUCGAUUAUCGGCAAUAAGAAUACAUCUUUUACUGUAGAACUGGCCGGCUGCGAUCUUUCGAAGGCUGAAGUGAAAGCACGAUUCAAUCGGCUACACGAUAAGGCGGUCCAGUUCGUAACGAACAGUGAUCCGGAUGGGGAAAUUUCCGACGCGGAAACGGCUCUCGUUCGGCAUCUGAUGAAUCGUACCCUAAAUGGUAAUCCGCGCGGGGGCAACAUCAUCCUCUGGUGUUUGCUUCCGAAGCGGCCCCUUAGCUUGAAGAUCUACACAAUCAAGCAGCUGGGCUGCUACCUGGAGGGUGGCGGCAACCAUCUGUCCGCGAUAUGCGACAUUAAAAUGCUGAAGGUGUUUGUGCAGAGCAUUCUGUUGCUGAACCAGAAGCACAUUCCCCUCGACGAGCUGCGGCUCGUGAACACGUUCUACCAGUCGAUCGAUGGGGCCCCAAUGGCACAGGGCACCAGUUGGAAUCUUACGCAAACGCUGAAAGACUUCGAGUACCUGCGGGCGAUUGCCCUAAACGAUCAGGAGCAGACGAUACUGAAGUCGAUCGCUCGGCAAGAGAAGCUGAUCUACUCCUGCACGGUAGCCGCAAUGCAGAUCACGCGGAAUAGUGUGGAGAAGCAGAAUCGGUUGCGCAAAGAGUUGAUAAUACAGCUGCGCAAGGACAACGACUACCGGUACUACGAUCAGUGGCGCCGGUUAGUGGGUCGAAUGACACACGAGGAUGCCCCUUGGUACGAUGUGAGUAACUAUCCGGGUUGCUGGGAACGUGAUAAUACCUAUGGUCCGGAUAUGACAUUGCGCCGCAUGCAACGCUGCCAGUUGAGCAUUAACCCACGUUUUCUGCUAAAGGAAGCGCGUCCCGAGGAGGGCACGGGCGGAGAGAGGAAGGGUUUGUUGAGUUAUCUCUUCGCGCGUGACUACCGACAUGAGUACUCAGUCGAGGAGCAGGUGUUGUACACAUUUACUGUGCUAAAGAUUUCGCCCGUCCAGGAACUGCCCUGCGAGUGUAUUCUAACGUGCACGGAGAUGGUGCUGAAACCGUACGAUGGCGAGCUGGAGAUUUACGAUCUGCACGAUAUUGCCAAGAUGUGGACGAAGCGGUAUCAGCAGCAGGAAUCCGCCGUGGAAGUGCUACUCAAGAGCGGCCAGUCGCUGUUCAUCGUGUUCGAGCGUGAUGCGAGUGAGCGCGACACGUUCGAGCAGGUGUUCCAGGAUCAUUUCGUUCGGUGUGGUCGCCAGGAGCUGGACCAUCACACGCAACAGUGGCGCGAGGGUACGCUGUCGAACUGGGAGUAUCUGAUGCUAUUGAAUCAGGUAUCCGGUCGCACCUACCACGAUCUGAUGCAAUAUCCUGUGUUCCCAUGGGUACUGGCAAGCUACGAUACACGUACACUGGAUCUACUGUCCGAGCGCACGUUCCGCAAUCUCGAGAAACCGAUUGCCGUGCAGCAUCGCGAGCUAGAGAAGCAUUACAUCAACAACUACAAUAAUCUCCGACAGGCGGAUAGUGGCGGUGAUCCGAGUGGUGAUCGGCGAAAGAUCCAACCGUACCACUACAGCUCGCUCUAUUCCAACUCCGGUACGGUGCUUCACUUCCUGGUGCGUGUGUUUCCCUUCACGAAGCUGUUCCUACACUACCAGGACGACAGUUUCGAUAUUCCCGAUCGAACGUUCCAUUCGCUGCAGACCACCUGGAACCUGGCCAGCCGAGACUCGCCUACCGAUGUGAAGGAAUUGAUUCCGGAGUUUUUCAGCUUUCCGGAAUUUCUCGAAAACCGAGAGGGGCUCGACUUUGGCGUACGGCAAUCGGGCGAUCCGGUGAACCAUGUGGAGUUGCCACCGUGGUGUCACAACUCGGCCCGCUUGUUCGUGCUUAUUCACCGGCAGGCACUCGAGGCGAGCGUGGUGCGGCGGCAGCUAAGCCAUUGGAUUGAUCUGAUCUUCGGCUACAAGCAGACGGGACAAUCAGCGAUUGAAGCGAUCAACGUGUUUCAUCCGGCAACGCACUGUGACUUUAGUGUGGCGGACAUCGAUGAUCCGGUCAUGAAACUAGCCCUGGAAACGAUGGUAAAGACGUACGGACAGAUGCCACGCCGAUUGUUUGAGAUUGCGCAUCCACCACCGGGGAUGCACACGCUCGGUGCAAGCCCGCCCAAGGUGUUGGACAGUGUGAUCGGUUUACGGUGGGGUUUGUACUGUGGCAGCCCCGUUCUGGCGAAUCCUCGGUUGGCUGAUGCUUGGGCGAUGCUACCGUCGUUGCGGGAGAAGGUCGCAGGAAAGCAUGAUCCGGCCAUCUCUGCGGCGUUGGUAACCCUAGACGGUGACCGGGUAUUCGUUAUGCCAGAGCGUAUGAAUGUAUUCUGCGUGGUGGAAGGUACGUCGAAGAAGCAACAUUUCACGAUCAGCUGGGGUGAACGGGACGAUCGGUUAAGGAUACGACCCUUGCAGCAGGACACUGGUGGGAGCGAGCGUCCGCGUGAGCUGUACUACGGGAGCAAUACAUCCGCCAGCGAUCCUAUAACGGCCUGUGGUACGGAUCCCAAUUGUACGAGCAUAUUUCUUGGCCACCGGUCGGGGCGCAUAGCGGUGUUUCAACCCAGGACACGCCGACGGCGGCUUUCGUUCUUUAAUCAAAACAUGCAACCACCGGUGACGAUGGUACGCACACGCUCCAGCUCGUUCCGUCGCUGGAUCGAUCGGAAGAGUGCGAAUAUACGACGCAGACUGGAGCUCGAUGGAGAUGCCGAUCUACAGCAACAGCAGCAACAGUAUCAGCAACAGCUGCAGCUACAGGAGGACGAACAGAUGGAUUGGAACUAUCCGAUUCUGCUACUAAAACACCGGGCGCCGAUCAGUGCGAUACGGCUGUCGAUGGAGUUCCGGAUCGUGGUGAGCGUGUCGAUCGAUGGUUGUGCCGUCAUCUGGGAUGCCAAUAGUUUAGCGUACGUGCGAGAAAUUCCCAAACCGGUAAAUGUACUGCACUCCCGGAUCAGUGAGGUAGCGAUUAGCCCGACGCUAGGGGACAUCAUUACGGUGCAUUCGCAGCAACCAACCACAGCAGCUACGAGCAGCAAUAUUGGGUUGCGAUCGUUUGCUACGCAGGAAUCUUGGUCCAGCACGACACUAGUGGAGGAGGAUGAUAGCUUCGAGGUUACAGAAAACUACAACUUAGACUACGUGAACAUUACUAUGGCAACGCAUCGGGACCAGCUACGACUGUACACCAUCAAUGCGCAGUACGUAGAGCACGUUUUCGUCGAGAGCCCGAUCCGUGCCGUCACCUAUUCGUCGAUAAAAGAAGGAAGCGGCGUUAAUUGUAUCGUGGUAGCGCUUGAAUCCGGCAUUGUGCGGUUCUAUUCCAGCUGGAAUCUAGCGCUGGUACGGGAAAUCAAUGUAGAACCGCAUGAUAUACGAUGUGCACUGUUCUCCAAAUAUCAGCAUCUUCUGCUGCUGACCAGCCACAAUACCGUGCAAACGUGGACAGCGGAAGGUCUUCCUGGCCCAAUGCCAACCAUUCAGGAACCAUAUCAAUACGUUAGAUAGGCAGCUGCACGGAACGCGUGGGACGCAACCGAGAUCUGAACUGAUGAGCAUCUAUCCUUAAGCAUGUUGAGCAAAGUGUGUGUAUGUGUGUUGGUUAACUAAUGUAUAGUUAUAUAUGGUUUUGUUACAUCAAUGUUAUCCCUUUUAUCAGCCCGAUUGGAUUCGGAAAUUGUUAAUUAUGAAGAUAUGAACUGCAACACUUAAACAACGGAACUUUGUGUAUAUUCGUACUUUGGUGUUCUAACUAUGAUAACUGAGAAACGGUAGAUCCUUCGCAAGGACACCAUUCCCGAGUAGAAGCUUUAUUAAUUCCACCGAGCUA